AUGUCGACUGCCGCCCGACGUCGUUUGAUGCGGGACUUUAAGCGAAUGCAGACAGACCCGCCCGCUGGAGUAUCUGCGUCGCCUGUUCCCGAUAAUGUCAUGACCUGGAACGCCGUCAUCAUCGGUCCGGCCGACACGCCCUUCGAAGAUGGCACCUUCCGACUCGUCAUGCAUUUCGAAGAACAAUACCCGAACAAGCCGCCUGCCGUCAAGUUCAUCAGCCAGAUGUUUCAUCCCAACGUAUACGCAACGGGCGAGCUGUGUCUAGACAUUCUGCAGAAUCGAUGGAGUCCGACAUACGACGUUGCCGCGGUCUUGACGAGUAUACAAAGUCUAUUGAACGAUCCCAACACAGGCUCGCCGGCGAACGUGGAGGCCUCCAAUCUGUAUAAGGACAACCGAAAAGAGUAUACCAAGAGAGUUCGCGAGACGGUAGAGAAAAGCUGGGAUGAUUAG